CCUAAACUAAGUCUAAUUCUCCAUUCGCGGAAAAUCCCCCCGGUGCUUAGCCAGGCACAACUUGUGCCAAUAUGGGCCUUCCCCCAGAAAAGCGACGCAUCGACCAUGUCGACCUCCCCUCCAACAACAACAACCCAGCGGGACCUACCAAGCUGCCUCGCACCCGCCUCAGCCGGCGCUCUGGCCAAGAAACAGCCUAUGUCCCUCUCAGCCAGUCAUCACAGUCGUUCCCCGGGAGUGAUGAGGACGAUGACGCCCAAGCUGCGGACCUGGUCCAGAGCAGCCAAGAUGUAGAGGAAUCUGGUCCUUUGAUGCAUUACGGCGAUCUGCACACUAAGAUUGUGGGCGUGCGCUACUACAGAGGAUAUGCGACCAUCGGUGAGCAUGUCAUCGUCAAACGUGAACCAACGAAUCAGUACGACAGAAAUGCGAUUCGAGUCGACAAUGUGAUGGGCAACCAGAUUGGCCAUAUUCCGAGAACUAUGGCAGCCAAACUGGCAAAGUAUCUGGACUCACGGUCUUUGCUCGCUGAGGGCAUGCUCACUGGUGUUAUUGGUGCGUAUGACUGUCCUAUCGUGCUGAGACUUUUUGGCACGAGUAAUCCUGCAGCCAGACAGGCUCUCAAAAGUAAUAUGGAAGAGGACAGGCUGCCUCUGAAUGCCUUCAAACAAAGGGAGCGCGAAGAGCGUAAACAGGAAAAGGAGCGCGAGAAAGCCGAGAAGCAAGCGGCCAAGCUGGCUCGUGCUAUGGCACAGGGCAAGGGGCAAGAGGAUUGGCAGCUUUCAAGUAACCUUGGCUACUCGAAUCUCUACGCAGGGGAAGACAAUCUGGAUCUUGAGGGUCAGGAGAGUCUUGAGGAGCUGAUCGGCCAAAGCAGCACUUUCAACCCUAGAGAUAUCGGUCAAGUGGCCGAAGACUUUGGCAUGAAAGAGGCGGAUCUGGAGAAGAUGCCGAUGGCUGAAAGUCCGGAGGCUCUAGCAACGCAGCUCCUUCCUUAUCAGCGCCAGGGACUGGCUUGGAUGAUUGCUCAAGAAAAUCCCGUACUUCCUGCAGCUGGAUCUGCAGAGGUUGUGCAGUUGUGGAAAAGAAAAGGCAACAGGUUUACUAACAUCGCUACCAAUUACUCUACCUCUCAAGCACCGCCCUUGGCUAGUGGUGGCAUCCUGGCCGACGACAUGGGUCUUGGCAAGACGAUUCAGAUUAUCUCUUUAAUUCUUGCAAAUUCCCAGCCCAAGACUCCAGCGUCUUCCAAGACCACUUUGAUUAUCUCUCCGGUUGGUGUGAUGAGCAACUGGAAAACUCAAGCACAGGACCACACCCACAGUGACCGAGCCCCUAAGGUGCAUGUCUAUCAUGGGCAAGGAAAGAAGGAGGCCGCAAAUCUUGACCAGUAUGACAUUGUCAUCACCAGCUAUGGUGCUUUGGCUAUGGAGUACAACCCGAACGACAAGGUGCCUCCCAAGAAGGGCCUCUUCUCACUUCAGUGGCGUCGCGUGGUGCUUGACGAGGGACAUACGAUUCGCAAUCCCCGGUCUAAAGGUUCUAUUGCUGCUUGUAACCUUAGGGCAGACUCGCGCUGGACGCUUACAGGAACCCCUAUUGUGAACACGCUCAAGGAUCUUUAUUCCCAGGUUCGCUUCCUUCGGUUCACUGGUGGUCUUGAAGACAUGUCUGUGUUCAACUGCGUCCUAAUCCGACCCCUCAUGUCCGAAGACCCCAAUGCGCGCUUGCUGCUUCAGGCUCUGAUGAGCACCAUUUGCUUGCGUGGUCGGAAGGACAUGAACUUCGUGAAUUUGCGUCUUCCCCCGCUCACUUCUCGUGUGCUGCGUAUCAAAUUUCAUCCCCACGAGCAAGAGAAAUACGAUAUGUUCCAAUCCGAGGCGCAAGGCAUGCUCAUAGAUUUCAAAUCUAAGGACAAAGCCGGCGCCACAUACUCUCACCUUCUCGAAGUCAUCCUCCGCCUACGACAGGUCUGCAACCACUGGGCACUCUGCAAAAACCGGAUCGACAAGCUCGCGGGCCUUCUCGAGAAGCACAAAGUCGUGCCCCUGACGCCCGAGAACAUCAAAGCGCUCCAAGACGUCCUCCAGAUCCGCAUCGAAAGCCAGGACUCCUGCCCCAUCUGCCUCGACGCCAUCCAGCAACAACAACCGGUGAUCACCGCCUGCGCGCACGCAUUCUGCCGGAAAUGCAUCGAGGAAGUGAUCGACCGCCAACACAAGUGCCCGAUGUGCCGCGCCGACAUCGACGACAACUCGACGCUAGUUUCACCGGCCGCAGAGAUGGGCGAGAGCACCGACACCGUCGACGCCGACCCAGACAACCCGAGCAGCAAGAUCGAGGCCCUGGUCAAGAUCCUGACGGCGCAGGGCCAGGCUGCGGACACCAAGACCGUAGUCUUCAGCCAGUGGACCUCGUUCUUGGACCUUGUGGAGCCCCACCUCCGCCGCCACGGCAUCGGCUUCGCCCGCAUUGACGGCAAGAUGAACUCGCUCGCCCGCGACAACUCCACGACGCGCUUCGCCACCGAUCCCGCCUGCACCGUUCUGCUCGCCAGCUUGAGUGUCUGCAGCGUCGGACUGAACCUCGUCGCCGCUAACCAGGCUAUCCUCGCCGAUAGCUGGUGGGCGCCCGCCAUCGAGGACCAGGCCGUCGACCGCGUCUACCGGCUGGGCCAGAAGCGCGAGACCACCAUUUGGCGCCUCGUCAUGGAGGAUAGCAUCGAGGACCGCGUGCUGGCCAUCCAGGAGACCAAGCGCAAGCUGAUGCUAGCUGCGUUCCGCGAGACGUCCGCCAAGAAGAAAAGCGACGAUAAGGCCACCAGGGUCGCGGACUUGGAGUCGCUGUUGAAGUAG